GCACCACACCCGUCAGCGCGCCUUAGUUGCCCCGCAGCUGCCGCGCGCGUCCGUCGCAUACUCAAUGCGACCCCGCUAUCCCUCUACCGUAAUAUGGAUAUACAGCAAAUACGCGUUCUUAUCAACAUCCAGUUCGCUUAUUUGUGGUUCUGCGAAGUCUUUGACAAAUAUAAAUGGAUUAUAUUGUAAAGUGCCACAAGAAACUAUUAGUUUUAUAAGUUAAGUGUGCGGUUGAACGGUGCAAAUGUGAAUUUAUAUUUAUAUACAGUGUAGUGAAUGUAUUAACUUAUUUAUUAUUUAACAUAUCCAGAUUAAUGAGGACCCAAAUCAUGGAACGUUACAAACCCGAUGCGUUACGAUGGCGUGCUUCCUACAACAGUGAUUUAAAUUUAAACUAGUGCAUAGUGGUCGUAAAGUCUGAUCUGUUAGACUGCGUUAAAUUAUUUAUUAGUUAGUGUUUAUAUCGUGUGGAUAUGCUGAUCAAUACGUUUUUGGACACGGAGGAUUUCGUGCACUUGUAUUAUCCGGAGGAUGAGCCUGCGGCCGUGCAGGGCUGUGGAGCCGGCGCGCGCAUGGCGUCCAAGUACCCGCCCAGACCACCCUCGCCAGAAUACUCACAGGUGGUAGUACCGUCAACCAGCGAGAUGGGUGACCGAGAGCGGUACCGCGCGCCCCCCCAACCUGAACCGCCACCACACAGGGUCCGGGCUGCAGACCUGUAUCCUCGGCUGAGGACGCACUAUGAUGAACCAGGCCUCGAUGCUGGCUUCACGCCUAUCUGCGGGGAGUUUGUGCAGUGGGUUGGUCGCACGGCGGACGGUGGUACUAUCGCCAUGUCGAACUAUCGAUUGCAUGUGCAACCGCGCCGACGCAACGGGCCCGGUGCAUCCAUUCCCUUGCGGCUCAUCGAUGCGCUGGAGAUCAGGGAUCUGCUGCACUUGAUCGUGCUGUGUAAAAAUGGAAGACAACUCAAAUGCUCAUUCAACACUGGGGAUCAAUGUAUUGAAUGGUGGAGGCGGCUGAAUACCGCUCUCGCCCCCAUAGGAUCUGUUCAGGAAACCUUCGCUGCAGCAUACGCAGCGUGGGCGAAAGAACAGCCACCAACGUCUGUGCAUAGAGAAUUAAUGAGGGCAUCACAAUCUCCUCAAAGGCACUGGUUCGGCCCUGAAGUGGAGCGUCUCGGCUUCACUUCUAAGGGCGCGUGGCGGGUGACGGCAGCUAACGCGGAGUACAAGUUGUGCCCCUCGUACCCACCUCUCAUCGUGGUGCCCGCCUCUAUCUGUGAUGAAGACCUCGACUCUGUAGCUCGGUUCCGAGCAAUGCGUCGCAUCCCGGCAGUGGUAUGGCGGCACCGUGCUAACGGCGCCGUGAUUGCGCGCUCGUCGCAGCCCGAAGUGGGCUGGCUCGGCUGGCGCUCUAGCGAAGAUGAGCGUCUACUGGCCGCCUUCGUCAGCGCCUGCAAUGCCGACCGGGGAAUGCAGCCGCCUAACAACAAUAAGCAACUAAAACUCCUUAUCGUGGACGCUCGUUCGUACGCGUCUGCCGUGACGAACCGCGCCCGCGGCGGCGGCUGCGAAUGUCAACAGUACUAUCCGGCUGCUGAUAUCCAGUUCAUGUGCCUGCCCAACAUCCAUCACGUGAGGAGGAGCUUCCAGCAGAUGAGGGCGCUGGCUGCCGAGCCGAGUGAUCAGGCCAACUGGCACAGCAACCUAGAACGCACACUAUGGCUGCAAUACGUCUCCGGCGUGGUCCGAGCAGCCAGCGUGGUGGCCCGAGCGGCUGCGGCGGCGCGGCCCGUGCUGGUCCACUGUUCUGAUGGCUGGGACCGCACGCCGCAGAUCGUGGCCGCCGCACAGUUGAUAUUGGACCCUUACUAUAGGACUUUGGAGGGUUUCCGCAUCCUAAUCGAGCGCGAAUGGCUGGACUUCGGCCACAAGUUCGCAGACCGGUGUGGACAUCAGUUCGGUCCUGAAGAUCCUAACGAACGCUCGCCUAUAUUCCUUCAGUGGCUCGAUGUCGUACACCAGAUGAUGUUGCAGUUUCCCUGCAGUUUUGAGUUCAAUGAGGCUUAUUUGAUAAAGCUAGGCACACACGUGCACUCGUGCAUGUUCGGCACGUUCCUGUGCAACACGGGGCGCGAGCGCGCGGACUGUCGCACGGGUGACGUCACGCCGCACGUCUGGCAUUUGCUGCAAGCGCCCGCCUAUAGGAACCAUCUGUACUCGCCGCAUCAGCUUGAUCAGCAAGCGAUCUGGCCGGAGUACUCGGUGCGGUCGAUGUGCGUGUGGAGCGGCAUGUUCUGCGCGUCCAGCCCGCGCGACGAGCCCAGGCACGACCAGCGACCAGACCUGCCGGCCGCUAGACCUAAUCAGAACGGCAUGAUGACAAAAACGAGAUCAUGUGACAACCUACUGAAUGAAGGCGAGAAGCGUACAGCCCAGCGUCGAUGUAGCGACCCGAGCCUAGCACCCGAUGUUAUGAAGCUAUCGAUGGUAGUGAACAGCGAGUGCGAGAAGCGCGAGUGCCGCGCCGCGCUCACCGACAGCUGCGUCGACGACCUGCCCGUGCUGCCGCUCAACAGCGACAACUCUAGUGAUACUGUGGACGGCCUCCAUCCAGACCAUUUCGAAAACAGCACCCGUCUUCCCCGCGACAUCGCAAGCGGUUCCUCCUCAUUAGAACGAGAACUAGGCGGCCCCAUCACCGACAAACUCAUACCCGACCAGGUCAUUGACCAUGUGACGUCACAUAAUGGUGACCUGGAUGCUGGCGACCUGGUUGCAGGUGACCAGGUCGCCAGUGUCGCUGGGGUUGCAUCCCCAGAUGUGGACACGCCUGAAGAACCGCCCGUGUUCGUCUGUGAUACUUAUACCGAUGUUAUUGGAAUGGCUGAGGCCGCUCGAGAAUCCGCCCGCACUCGCAACAUAAGCAUAACAUGGCGCUCCAUAUCCGAAUCCAGCAACCAAUCUUCCACCGGCUUCGAAAUUAACGAGCCGAGAGUCGAACCCCCGGCUUCCAGGAACACCUCCCAUGACUCCUCGCCCCUGGACAACCAUACUUCAGAAGACAGGACCAACCAUAACGUGGUUACUCCCAUCAACCAUACGAGAGAGAAUGGAGUUAGUAACGGAACUAUGAACGGAAUAGAUGACGUAGCUACUAAGUUUCUUGAAGUUGACUUGAAUGGCGGCGCAACAUCAAGCAGCAUAAGCUCCGAGAGCGAGGGCGAGGCGGCGACGGUCCCGCGCCGCGCCGCGCAUGCGCACUCGCGUGCCCGGCAGGCGAGUCAACUCACGCUGUGCCCCGCGUCCCCGCGCCGCCUCGCCUGCUGCCACUGCGAGCGCCGCGCCAGCGCUACCAGUGGUAUCGAAACCUCAGGUUCGUCCGGUGGCAGUUCCGAAGUGUGGUGGUGUCCUACGUGCGGCGGCGUGCGCUGCGUGUGCGGCGUGCGCUGCGUGUGCGGCGCGCCCGCGCCCGGCGCCGGCCCCGCGCUGCCCCGCGCCGACCCGCUCGACGGCCUGCCGCCCGCGCUCGACCCGCUGCAGGCGCGCCUGCAUCAGAUCAUACUCUACCAGAAGAAAGUAGUGGAGGAGCUGAGCGGACAACUGCGCGAGGCGCGGGAGGCGCUGCGCCUGUCCUCCCCGCCUGCGCCCGCCCCGCCCUCCGCGCCGCAUGCAGCCACACCCACGCAAAAAACAAGCAGUGGCAGUGGGUCAGUGCGCGGCAGCGGCAGUAGCAGCGGCAGCGCGUCCGAGGUGGAGGUCGGCGAGGAGGCGCGAGGCGUGGUGUGGCUGCCCGACAGCGCCGCGCCGCGCUGCCAGUACUGCAGGAACCACUUCUGGCUGGCCCGGAGGCGGCACCACUGCAGACGGUGCGGCGGUAUAUUCUGCGGCUCGUGCUCGGAGAUGAGCUCGUGGGGCGACUGCGGCAGCAUGCGCGUGUGCCGGCGCUGCCGCGCGCUGCGGUGACCCGCCCCGGCCCCGCCCCCGCGCCCGGCUCCGCCCCCGGCCCCGCCCCCGCGCCGCCCCGCCCCGCCCCCGCUCGCCCGCGCCACUGUUUAGACCGACACCCGCUUGUCCCGCCCGAUCUACCUAGAUUAGCGUUCCUAUAAAAUUAUAAAGCAAUAGUAAACUAUAGUUACAUCUAAACAGUUUUACGUUUAAAAACUAGUCAUGCCGCUUCGAUAACUAGCUUGUGAAACGUUUUCAAAACGCUAUUUAUCUACGAAUUAUGUAUGAGAGUUACAAAUUGAUUGUCAUCUUUAUUUUCAUUAAUAUCACCAUGACAUUAUUGUUUGAUUGAUUUUGUCCAAAUGUUAUCGUGCUAACGACAUGUGACCGCAGUCCGAGCAGUGAGUGUGCAGUGAGGAGCAGGAUCUAGUCGAGUGGAGCAAGGCGUUGGAUGCCCGGUCGCGGUAAUGUAGUUAGGAAAAUGGUAUAGUGAAUUGUUACGCGAAGGCUGACUUUCUACGAUAAAUAUUUAAACUUUUUUCUACGACUGUUUUUUCGGUCUCUAUAAAUAAAUUCACUAAAUGAUGUAUUUUUUCGAUUUGUUUUUCCUUCUGUUUCGUUAGUAGAGAGCGAUGAUUGUAACUGGCCCCAACUGGUGUGAACAGACACGUAACACUUUGUAUAAACUUGUUUUUUUUUCUUUUUAUUUUGUAUUAUAGUGUUUGAUUGUUCUAUUAUUAUUUUUGUACAGUAAGGUUUUGUUUCACAGUUGGUCAGAGUGAGUCGGUCAACUGUCGGCCGACUCGCUCGGAGACACAUAACCUUAUAUAAGACUUAAUUUGUAUAUUCGACAUUUUCCAUUAAUUUCAAAUGUAUAAAAUACAUUUCUUUGUACUAUUAAAUAUUCGACUGAAUUUGCUUAUGGAUAAGAAUAGAUGUCUAUAUUGGGCAUAUUGAUUUAUAAAAUCCGUACUAAGCUUUAUAAUUACGUUGAUACAUUUAUAUUGUGUACUAAAUUUUCACACCGUAAUAAUUUCGUAGACUAGAGCGUCAGAGUUCUGUAUUUUAUUUGUGAUAUUGUGAUGAUAAUUUUGUAUAAUGAUUAAGAGUUUAAUAACAUGUUGUUAGAAGUUAAAUUUUACAGGUGAUUAUUUUAAACCCUCGCGGUGCGUUGAUUUAGCUGUUGUUGCGACGUCGAAUACUUCGAGCGAACUGUCCAUAUUGUGUCAACCGUUAUAUAGAGCGCGUCGACGCCGCCGGGCCCACUGUCGCGACCAACUGUACUGUGCACUGUACACUUGGAACAUAACCACAGGAUAUAUACUAGACUUACAAUCAGACAAACGACUACUACAAUAGGUGUUAUUUUAAUACAUUUUUUAUACAUGGAUAAAGAAACGGUCGGUUAGUCGCUGUGGGCCCGCGACAACGUAUCUGCUUCGUAUAUAAAUAUAAAUGAUUUUGUAAUUUAUUCGUAAACUGAGGGGAUUGUUGUUAACUGCAUAUAUUUUAUAUUGUAAACGAAAAGCUCGGAGUAACGUGUAAGUAUUGUCGAAGUGCAAAACUUGUUUGUGACCAAUGAAUAUUGACACGAUGUGAAAUAAAGCAUAUUUAGUUUUAUGA